GUCCACUGAAAGUUCCUUCCGGACUGAGAGUACAUGAUUAUUGAGUGUACACAGCAGCAGCAGCAGCAGCAGCAGGAGGAUUAACCCCUGUAAAAGACUAGAGGACAGUGAAAUGGAGAAGAUCAGUAAUUAUCUCUGCAGGUAUAAAGGCUAUGUCUUCUCUAUUGACAUGAUGACACCAGAGUACAUCGACUCUCUGCAGGACUUUGAGAUCAGAGACAGUGACGUUUUUCUGGUGACCUAUCCAAAAUCAGGAACAGUAUGGACACAAAAUGUGAUAUUGCUGAUCUGUGAGUCAGACUUUAAAGAGUCUGAUUAUCCCAAUAAUCUGGAGAAAAUGCCGUGGCUGGAGUAUCCGGAGGGUCACACAGAUUAUACCACCAGAGCUUCUCCUCGUUUCUUCGCCUCACACCUCACGCCCGUCCUCAUGCCCCCAGGACUGAAGAGCAAAAAGCCCAAAGUUAUUUACGUCUCCAGGAACCCUAAAGAUAUCGCAGUGUCUUAUUAUCACUUCUGCAAGGCAUGGACGAAUCUUGAUACCCCGGCGAGUUUUGAGGAGUUUCUGCAGCAGUACCUCGCUGGAUACGUUGGUGGAUCUAGUUGGUUUGAUCAUGUCCGGGUGUGGUACACUCAUAGAGACCAGUAUGACAUCCUGUUCCUGAGAUAUGAAGACAUGCUAAAGGAUCUGAGGUCUGAGGUGGUGAAGAUUUGCCGGUUUCUGGGUCGAGAUCUGAGUGAGGCUGCUAUCUCUCAGGUGGUGGAGAAAGCCACCUUUAAAAAUAUGAAGAAAGACCUCAAAGCCAACUAUGAGUUUCUUCCUGAAGAGGUGCUUGAGAAGGGCCAAUUCCUGCGCAAAGGUACUGUAGGAGACUGGAAAAACAUCUUCACUGUGGCCCAGAGCGAGAUGUUCGACCGGAUCUAUCAGGAAAGGAUGAAGGAUUUUCCGUUCACUGUUAUAUGGGAUUGACCUUUAGAUACUGCACUGUGCUAAUAUGUUUAUUAAUAAAUGAAAUACAGAAUA